ACAACCCUCUGGUCUUCAAAUCCUCAAUAUUUUCCAAAAGGAAAAGAAAAAAUGCCCCAUAUCUCAGCCUUUCCUUCUUCGCUUCUUUCAUUCUGUAUUUCCAUCUUCCAUGCCGUACUUCCCAAAGUCUUUCCAGGGUCGAUCGUGUCAAGCUACAUGGUUCUACCCACGACCCAUUUGAGUCGGGCGUGGAAUUUGUUGAUUCACCACUUCUCCUCUGCAGCUUACACACUUGAUCACAUGCCAGGAAAUGACGAUGAACAACCCAGCAUAAGCCAGUAUAAGGUCAAGUUAGGCUGUGAGGAGGGAGAAGAAUGUGCUGUGUGUCUAUGCAAGAUUGAAGCAGGAGAGGAGAUCAGAGAAUUGAGAUGUGACCAUCUCUUUCACAGAGUUUGCUUGGACAGAUGGCUUCAAUAUAAGCGCGCAACCUGUCCACUGUGCCGCGGCUCUCUUGCACCGCGUAGAGCAGUCGGAGAGCUUGGUGAACAAACUCUAGUGUUUAGGUUUUGUUCUCUCAGUUCCAGUGACCGGUGUAAUUGGUGGCUACGGUAAGUCAUAGCCACAUACAACCAGUUCAUUUCAUAGAAUGAAUCCCCAAGUUCAUCUGUGGGUAGUCUUAUAUAUAUAAGAGCUAAUUCACCAAGGCAUGCACAGGCAACAUUGGCACUUUUCCUUUAUUAAUUAAUAGGCAGCUGUUCACUGGUUUUCAACUUGAUUUCUAUAAAUGAUACAUAAAUACCUCCAAAUUCUUCA